UGCGGGGACACCCAUGGACAGUACUACGACUUGCUGAACAUCUUCGAGCUCAAUGGGUUGCCCUCCGAGUCCAACCCUUACAUAUUCAACGGGGACUUUGUGGACCGUGGGUCCUUCUCAGUUGAGGUCAUCCUCACGCUCUUCGGCUUCAAGCUCCUCCACCCUGAUCACUUCCACCUGCUCCGAGGGAACCACGAGACGGACAACAUGAACCAAAUCUACGGUUUCGAGGGGGAGGUGAAGGCCAAGUACACGGCGCAGAUGUUCGCCCUCUUCAGCGAAGUCUUCGAGUGGCUCCCGUUGGCCCAGUGCAUCAACGGCAAAGUGCUGGUGAGGGGACACCGCCUUCAUCCCCCCACCCUGUCCCCAAGCCCCCGGGAUGUCCCCACGUGGGGGCAUGGGCUUGCCUAUCAGCUCCCUGUUGGGUGUGGGGGUCUCUGCGGUCUCCGGGGAGUCUCGGUGACGCCGGCCUUCCCGCAGAACGGCCGCUCCGUCAGCAAGCGCGGGGUCAGCUGCCAGUUCGGGCCCGAUGUCACCAAGAGCUUCCUGGAGCGCAACCGCCUCGAUUACAUCAUCCGCAGCCACGAGGUGAAGCCCGAGGGCUACGAGGUGGCCCACGAUGGCAAAUGUGUCACCGUCUUCUCUGCCCCCAACUACUGUGACCAGAUGGGCAAUAAGGGCUCCUACAUCCACCUGCGAGGCAGCGACCUGCGCCCCGACUUCCACCAGUUCACAGCAGUGGUGAGUUUUGGGGGACACACACACGCAUGA